ACUUCGAUCGAAAAGCUAAGCCUGAUCGUGGUUCCAGUUGCAUUACGCAGCAUUGGAUGCAGCGAUUCUACCCUUGAUCCACGAGAGCUUGUGUUCGUCGCACUGCCUAAAGGAUCAAGGACGCAGCCGAGCCAAAUCAUGGAAAUAUAGAUUCAAAGCUACAGUCGAUUCCUCGAGAGCAGCAGUGGAUCAAGUGAAGAACGAGCUCCAAGAGCUAGCUCUCGCGGCUGGAUUGCCGCGGCCGAUUUACAACACUGUUUUCUCAGGGCCGGAUCACUCCAGGAAGUUCUCCUCCACCGUCACUGUUGCUGGCCGGAUCAUCCAAGGAGGCCCCGCGAGCAAAAAAAAAGACUCGGAAGUCUCGGCAGCGAAAGUGGCGAUCGCGUUAAUUCACGAAGGAAUUCUUACCACUGAUGAAAGUGUAGUAACUAGUCAAAUAGAAAAUUCCAACGGCUGCGAUUGAGACUGGGAAAGUUAAAAGGUAGAGAUACCACUACUAUUGGCUUUACUCUUUUUUUUCCCUCCUAUAGCAGUGCGCGAUGGUUUCUUCUUCUUCUCCCUCCCAAUCUCCCACUCGCGAUCGCGAGGCUUGCUCCCGGAAUGACGAUUUCGAUCCAAAUCGCUACGUCGAGAGCUCCGGCCUGAGAAUUGCGCUCGCGUCGGGGCUCAAGAUCGUGGCGUGCUUCGUCGUCAUGGCGAUCACCACGGCUAUCUGGACUGGCGUGAUGCUGCUGCUCCUCCCCUGGCCCUACGAGAGGAUCAAGCAGGGAAAUCUCUAUGGCCACAUCACUGGGAGGAUCCUGCUCUGGAUUCUUGGAAACCCUAUCAAGAUCACUGGCGCCGAGCACGCCAAUGCCAAGGCGAUCUACAUUUGCAAUCACGCGUCGCCGCUGGACAUCUUCCUCGUGAUGUGGCUCACGCCGCUGGGGACCGUCGGGAUCGCCAAGAAAGAGAUUAUCUGGUACCCGCUCUUCGGCCAGCUCUACGUGCUCGCCAAUCACCUGCGAAUCGACCGCUCCAAUCCCAAUGCCGCGAUUCGCUCCAUCAACGAGGUGAGGAUCAAUCGAUUUGGCGAUGAUUCAGUCACGAUUCGUCGCAAUCUCUUCUCCCAGGUCGCCAAAUCCGUGACGAAGAAAGACCUAUCGCUCAUAAUCUUCCCCGAGGGGACGCGAUCGGCCAGUGGCCGACUCCUUCCAUUCAAGAAAGGAGUUGUUCACAUUGCCUUGCAAACAAAGCGUCCCAUUGUUCCAAUCGUGAUCACGGGCACCCACCGCGCCUGGCACAAGGAUAGCCUCAAGAUCCGCCCAGCUCCACUGACAGUGAAGUUCCUUCCUCCAAUCGAGACGCAGGAAUGGCUUCCAGAGAAGGCCGAUUCAUACCUGGAGAUGCUGCGCUGCCUCUACGUCGAUAACUUGCCCGAGUGCCAAAGGCCACUGAACUGAGCGUUUCUACUCGACCGUACAAG